GUGCCUGAACCACAGUAGUCCAUUGAUCUGCAGAUCCUUGUCUAACGCAUUAAGACAGAGCACAACUGAGACAGGAUGUCAUUACGGGUGGCUGCACUUCUUCUGUUGGCAUCUGUCCUCUGGAGCCAUGUAGCAGCAAGCACAGAUCAGGCUUUGGACUGCUGCUUGACAACGACCGAUACCAAGCUUCCCCACAGAGUGGUGAAGUCAUACAGUAUCCAGACAGUCAGUGGAGGAUGUCGGAUAGCUGCCACUGUGUUUGUCACGAAGAAGAACCUUAGACUGUGUGCUCCUCCUGCCACCAAGAAGAACUGGGUGGCCAAACUCAUCAAGCAACUGAAGAGGAAAUCGCAUAAGGGAAAGGACAGAAAAGGGAAGAAUGAGUGAGGUUUCCCAACCAGCCUCUGUAUUGACCUGUUGAUUUCCCAUCAGGCAAGAGAAGACACUGAAAGGCUGUGGGUGAUCCUUAAACCUCGGAGCUCCAGUAUACGUCCUUUGAGAAGAGUCAACAUUUCAAAUAUUUUGUGAAUGGGGCUGAGAGUUAGUUCUCAUUUUAAGGUGGACGCCACUGUGAUACCGUUGAAUUAUUUUUGACCAACACUCUUGUCACUUGUUGUGUAUUGCAGAACGUCAUUGUCAAAAUGUUGCUCACAGUUACUAUAAGCUUGAUUUUAUAUUGUAUAACUCAUUUAAUGUAAAUAAAUAAGUGUUUAUUUUUUAAAGAAACAUUGCAUUUUUCAUCUUGGUAUCAAUGAUUUCAUAAUUUCAUUCAGUCAAAUCCUUGGUCUUAUAUUAUCGGGAGUAGGUUAAAUUUCCAAGUUAUCAAAUCAAAUCAAAUGUUAUUUGUCACAUACACAUGGUUAGCAGAUGUUAUUGCGAGUGUAGAGAAAUGCUUGUUCUUCCAGUUCUGACAGUGCAGCAAUAUCUAACAUGUAAUCUAACAAUUCCACAACACACAAAAGUUAAGGAAUGGAAUAAGUAAUAUAUACAUGUAAAUAUAUGGAUGAGCAAUGACAGAGUGGCAUAGGCAAGAUGCAAUAGAUGGUAUAAAAUACAGUAUGUACAUAUGAGAUGAGUAAUGCAGAUAUGUAAACAUUAUUGAAGUGGCAUUAUGAAAGUGACUAGAGAUACAUUUAUUAAAAUGGCCAAUGAUUUCAA